UCAUGACUCACAAACAUCAAGAUAUACAAUUUCAGAGUCCCAAACACUACUGACCAGAGUAUAUUAACUAUAUACUCUGUACAUCUCCUGGUUCCACCUCCAUCUCCAACUCUGUCUAAAGAUAUAUACCCAGAAGAAAAUAGAAAACCAUAAAAUGGGCAAGCAAAAGGCAGUGAUUAGCGUGAUAUUGAAGGAUGAGAAGGCUCGCACCAAGGCUUUUAAGAUUGCUGUUUGCCAGCCAGGAGUUGUUGCGGCGUCAAUACAGGUAGAGAAGGGGCAGAUAGAGGUGGUGGGGGAGUUCGACGCGGUGGUGCUGGCCACCACGCUGCGUAAGAAAUUGGGCCACGCCGAUCUUCUCACGGUGGCGCCCGUGGUGGAGAAAAAGGAUGAGGCCCCAAAGGCCAAUAAACCCGCCGCCGCCACAAAGGAAGAGCCACCAAAGACCCAAACCGUGACAAUCAGUAACCCUCUCACCUAUUACCCACCGCCUUCUAACACCACACUCUACCCUCCAUACCCAGUUCCCCAUUACUAUAAUGAAGACGCUGGAUGCACAGUGAUGUAAAAUCAUCCCAAUUCAAUUGUGAUGUAAGAAAAUUCAUCUACUAAUCCUCAUAAGAGAUGAGGAGUUUGAAGUUGUUCUUUGAAGUCAAGAGUCAACGACAUUUAUCAGAUCUAUUAGUUUUUCUUUUUUUAAUUACUACUGUAUUUUAAUUUUUUUUGUUUGAGAUUAGUUAGAGAAAGGCUCAAUUUUAUGUACUCCGUAGGUACUUGUGUAUAUACUCCCUUCCUAUACAAAUAAAAUUUUCGUCGGACGUUACGAUGUUUGAUUAAAGUUAUUUUCAAAUC